ACUGAUAAAUACAUUAGAAUCACAAUUGAAUUCAGAAAUAUAUGAACAGAAACGGUUUUACGCUAAAUCGAAGAAAGGAGAGGAAAUCGAAAACAAAACAGUGAACGAAAAAUCAAGAACAAGAAAAACGAGAAAAAUAAUUAUGAAUCUACUUAUUGUCUGGCAAUUUUGUAUUGAUUGAACGCAUAAACAUAUCUUUAGGACAUCACGAGAACACGACUGCUGCCCUCGUGUCUAAUUUCACAGAUCAGUCUACGAGUACUGAUCUGAAGGACGCAAGUAGUGGGAAGGCCUUGGUGGUGUUUACAUCAGGACAUAAACAAAAGAAAGGAGAGCGAGGUUUCACGGUUAUUCUACUGGCCAUCACCUAUCCGAAACCUACGAUGGACUGUAAGAACGAGACUUUGAUUGCAACAAAGACAGAUAAGUAUCUGACGUCACCAGGUUUCCCUGACGAAUACCCGACGAACACCAUUUGCUACUGGACUAUCCAAGCACUAUCGAAAAAGCACAGUCUUCACCUCGAGUUCUUGUUUAUUGAUAUUGAGGAAGGCAACAACGAUUGCAGCUACGACUACGUAGAAGCAUACAAAAAAAACAAGGAUGGCCCAAAGACAACACUCUUUAGUAUAUGUAAACGUAACCAGUGGGAUAAAAUAUCGUUCAAUGUUUCCGAGAAAGAAGUAUUCCUCAAAUUCUUCAGUGAUGGAACCGAUUCCAGGACAGGAUUUCUUCUUCGCUACUCAUCAGCUGUGCCAGGCUUUAAAACCGCAAAAGGAAAAGGGGCUGGACCAAGGUCGCAGGUUGUGACAGAGAAACCAUCAGCUGUAUCUCAUACAACCUUGGCAUCUGAAAUAACCCCAGUGGUACCUAAACUACCGGAAGCUGAUAGGAUCUCGUUGGCACUGCCGCCGUGCGGUAUGUGCUGUACCUACUCCGGUGUUGACUGUUUCCAAGACUGCACCCUGUGUCAUAGGCCACCCUGGGAUAUCUUUACUAACCCGGAUGUCAUGAACUUUAACUUUAAUCUUUGGUAAGGCAAGGAGACCUGAAUGAACUUUGAAUACUUUUUUGGCGGCCAAAUGAGCAGUAUGGUGAAUAAGAAAUAUAAGCAAUUUUCAAAUUACUUUUCUUUUGAUUUAUCUGAAAUGAGAAAACACAAGUAAGUGUAGUUAUAUGCAUAUUAAUCUUCUGUUUUUAUUGUUUAACAAUCAUCGUGAUUGUCAUUAUCGUUGUUAUCAUUAGUUAUUUGGUUGUUAUUAUCACCAGAUUACCAGAAGACCAAAUCGGGAAAACCACUUAAGAUAAAUAAAGGGACAAUAUCCUCGA